AUGGGCAUCACCACGAUUUUUAAGAUCCCAAUUUACCGCAUCCUUAGCGAAAUCCACGACGAGGUGUACGUCCGAUUUCAGGCUACGUUGGGCGAUGCGCAGAAUCUGUGGUAUCGCUGUACCUUUCACGAUGAACGAGGGCACCGUACGAAGGAUUGUUUACCAUUGAAACAACACUUGGAGGAGUUAGUCACCACUGGUCACUUGAACCAUUACAUCGACGAGGGCAUCAAGGCCGUGCAUCAUGCUCUGGUUGGGCCAAGUGGUGUGGCCGCCCUAGAAGCACCUCCCCAAGGAGUGGUCAAUGUGAUCCAUGGUAUCAUCGAGCCAGCGCGCAUAUGCGAGCUCCGAGGGAUGAUCAAAAAAGUGGAACAUAUGAGAGAAGUCCUAUCUGUCCAGUCCGCGGUCAAAAGGGGCAAAACUGAGGAGAAAAAUGUGCUAAACUUCUCAAAUUGGGAUCUUGAGCGAAUUCAAAUGGCACACAAUAAUGCUCUGGUGGUCACCCUUCGCGUCAGGGACUUUGAUGUUAAGCGCAUUUUGAUCGACCAAUGUAGCUCGGUCGAGAUCAUGUACUACAAUGCCUUCAAGCAGCUUAAACUCAGAGAUACAGAUUUGGCCCCAGCAAUUUUUGCCACUGGUUGGUUUCAACCGGACUGGCCCAUGGAAAAGAUAAUCCUACCAGUCGAAGCCAGAUCCGUGGUCAAGUAG